AUGUUGUUUCUGUGGCACUACAUGCGCCUGCAGCAGCCUACUUCUGACAAACACGAGCAGGUGGCUGAGCUUUACGGCAUCUCCAAGGACGAAUGUUUGAAGUGCUUCAACGAUAUCAAGAGCGUCCUUGAGCAGCAUGCUAAGCGUAUGGAGACUACGAAGAAAAUUGAGGAGCUUAGGGAACUGCUGGAGGCGAACAAGCUGAAGCAACGACGCAGCUCCCCAGUGUGA